AUGUCACAGAAGAGAGGUAUUGAUUCAGAGCAGGUGCUUGCUUCUUCCAAGAAGUUCAAGGUGGAAACACCAGAAGUUGCCAAGAAGUCUAUUCAGGAGCAUGAAGUAGGCAUAACUUCUUAUAUCAACAAGACCGAGACCGGAUUUACUGGUCUCAUCAAGCUGCUCUAUUCAGAUUUCCAGGUCAACGAAAUCGAUGUCCUGGGUAAUGUCGUCCAUUUGGUCGAUGAAGGCAUUGAUGUAGGAAAGAGCAAGAAGGAAAGAAAGAUGGAAAAGAGGGCCGAAGACAGAAAGGAGUUACAGGGCAAGACUGAAGAAGAAAUAGAAGCUAUCAAAGCCCAGAAAAAAGAAGAAGAAGAAAACAAGUCCAAGUACGAUUUAUCAGAUGAACAUCGUCAAGAGCUUUUGACUUACAUCACCAAUGACGAAUUGGCCCAGAUAGAAGAGUUGUUCUCUACAGGAAACAACAUGGAAACAAAGACUUCCUUUGAUGAUAAGCAACAGCGUGGAAAAUUGCACCAAUUGCUUAGAGCAGCCUUCCAGGGCAAGUUGGAGUCCAUUACUUCGCCAGAAAAUACAUUCAAGAUCGCCAUAGCUAAGAAAACUUCUAGAGGAAGACAGCAUCCUCAAGAGAGCAUGCACCAUGUUGAUGAGAACGGAAUUUUGAACUAUGGAUUGGGAGCUUUCAAGCCUUACUUGCAUUUCACUGUUUUCAAGGAAAAUAGAGAAACUAUGGAGGUAGCCUCCACCAUUUCCAAGUUCUUGAGAAUACCUCACAAAGCAAUUAACUAUGCUGGUACCAAAGACAGAAGAGGAGCCACUUGUCAGAGAUUCAGUAUUCAUAAAGGAAAGGUUGUUAGAGUCAACUCGUUGAACAAGGCCUUGAAGAAUACCGUUUUAGGUGGAUUCACCUAUGAAGACUCUCCCUUGGGAUUGGGUGAUUUGAAGGGUAACCAAUUCACAAUCACUAUCAGAGAUGUUGAACCAUUGGGCGGAGAGAACCUUGCUGAAAUUGUCGACAAUAGUUUCACAUCGCUCAAGGAAAAGGGAUUUAUUAACUACUUUGGAAUGCAAAGGUUUGGUUCUUUUUCGAUCUCUACACAUAUGCUUGGUAUUCAUCUCUUGAAAGAAGAAUGGAAAGAUGCCGCCGAGCUUAUCUUGUCAGAACAGGAUAUCGUCGCACCAGACUCGAUUGAAGCCAGAAGAAUCUGGGCGGAAACCAAGAACCCAUCAUUGACACUUAAGAAGUUACCUCACUACUUUUCUGCAGAAACAGCCAUCUUGAAGGUGUUAGACACUGAACAAUUAGACGAAAACGAAGAGUAUGGAAAGAAUUCCUAUUUCAAGAGUAUCAUGGCUAUUCCUAAGAACUUGCGAAUGAUGUACUCGCAUGCCUACCAAUCGUACGUGUGGAACUUGGUUGCAUCCAAGAGAAUUGAAUUGUUUGGUCUUGAGCUACAAGAAGGAGAUUUAGUCAUUGACGACGAAAUCAAGGUCAAAUCUGACCAAGAUGACGAUUUUGAAGAAGAUGUCAAAGUCAACAGAGAUGUCAAGGUUAAAUCUAUUACUAAGGAAGACGUGGAAUCUGGAAAAUAUAGUAUCUACGACGUUGUUUUGCCAACUCCAGGAUUCAAGGUCCAGUAUCCCACUAAUGAGAAAUUGGCGCAAGUCUAUGUUCAAACAAUGGCACAAGACGGCUUGGACCCAUAUAAGAUGGGCAGAAGAAUCAAAGAGUUCUCGUUAACUGGAUCUUACCGUAACCUUAUGACCAGGCCAGAGAAUUUGACCUACAAGAUUGUCAAAUACAGCGACAACUCCGUUCCUUUGGUAAGAACAGAUUUGGAGAUCUUGAGACUCAAGAAAGAAGGCAAGGAUGUCGAAAGAAUCAUCAAGGUCGAAGGUGAUGAAGCUACCAAGACUGCUGUGGUUCUCACUAUGCAAUUGGGAGUAAGCUCUUAUGCCACUAUGGCUAUGAGAGAAUUCAUGAAGGCUGAUACUUCCAGAUGGAGCGAAAACAUGAUGAAAAAAGAGGAGACGAAAUAG